GCGGUCGAUCGGCAAGUGGACAUUUGGCGAGUGACACGGAACCAGGCCACGGCUAUGUCGAUCGUCGGGACAUGCCUGGGCUACUGCCCGCUGCAUGAGGCCAAGGAGCGCCGGAAGAUGCAAGAUCUCUCCAAAUACGAGCGCCCACCGUAUGUGCCCGUAAAGAAGUACCGCCGGUCGGCCGCGGGCGCCAUCAUCAAGCCCCACGACGUGCGCCCCGUGCAUGUGCUCGUCGAGACGACUACGUACCUCUUGAGCUUGCUGCCGUCGCAGCUCACGCUGCCGCUCGACUUGUACCACUUCCUUGACGACCGCUUCCGCGCCGUGCGCAGCGACCUCACACUGCAAGGCGCCUUCGCCCUGGACGUCCUUCAGCCGAUUGCGCGCUUCUACAUCCUCGCCCAGUGCAUCUUGCGCCUCGAGACGCGGUCAGGGCCUGUGCCCUAUGCGUCACUCCAGAAGCUCCUCGAGGAUCAGCUCUCGUCGGUGUUGCUCCUUCUUCGCGAGUCGUCGGUCGAGUUCCGGCGCCUCCACCUCGUGCUGCACCAAGAUGCGCGCGACUUUGCGUACGAGCUCCGCCACUGCGCGCAAGCCCCUAACGAUGCCACGUGGCGAUCGACCCUCGCGCUCGUCACGCCGGCGCCCUACUACAUCGCGGGACUCCAUCCUCUGGAGACGGAUUUACUGGCGCGCGCCUUGCGCUUUGGCAAGCUCGAGGCGGAUCUGCACCAGCAAAUGGUCAUCUUGGCCAAGGCGUACACCAAGCAAGACCGAUUUCCCGUGGCUGACCUGGCGCGCUUCCUCCGCUUGCACGAGGAGGCAUGCGCUUUGGCGUUGCUGCGCGGCUACGGCGUGGCCGUGACGCCGGCGAGUUUAGAUGGCGAGCCCGCUUUCUUUCGCUUCAACGAAGCGCCGCUGCCCGAGGCGAUGACGAGUGAUGCGUCGACGACGCUGCUCGUGAGCGAGUUUGCGUCACUCCAGAGCUUAGGCGGUGACACGUCGUUUCGUGAUUUAGCGCUGCUCGGCCAGCCACUGUAACACACUGUGCAGUGUAGAAACCUAAUCCUAUUCAGCGAAAGCGAGGACAAUCCUUAUUGCACUAUCGCAAG